AGAUCGUUUCAGAUCCCACACUCGGCACCAGCAUCGGCCCUCGGCCUCACACACCCACAUUUCUGGAAUACUGCAACCCACAGUAAUGCCAAAGCCUAGUAAGUACGCCUUUGUGACAUUCCCCGCUCUGCACUGUCAUGAGAACGUCUGCCGAGUACACCCACAUCUCCUAUAUCAACUCCUACCCCCACACUUCCUCUUUCGUCAUUUCAAACGUCAAUUUCUAUCAUGUACUACGAGACAAUACUGACUGUCCCUCAAGCGGACGCUCUCUUCACUCCUCCCUCUUCCUACUCUCCUCAGAAGCCGAUUGCAAGGCUGGACCUUGGCUUCGACUCUCCCUCUGACGACGUGCUAGACGCUGAUAUCUUCAACAUGACUGGCACAGGAUCACCUCAACCAUACAUUAAAGAAGAGGUCGACGAAAUGUCGUUCAACAACCGCUUUUUGGGGCACAACGGCCUCGACAUGAACCACCAAUACGCUAACGCCCAGUUUUCUGGACAUGAAAACGCCAAUGGCAUCAACCCCUCCGAGCUCAACAUGAGCGGGAGCAUGAUGGGCAACCACUUUGGUACCAACAGUUACACGCAAGGCGGAGCUGGUAUUGCCGACGACGAGCUUGCUGAAUCUCUGGGCACUUUCGACCAGCAACCAGGCUUCAACAACUUUGCACAGGAGCAGGUUGGCCAGCAAGACUACUAUCACAACCACACCAACAACACAAGCAUGAACCAGAUCUAUUCCAACACACCGGACGACCUACCCAUUCACAGCCCCUUCAACCAUCCUGGCAACUUUGACUUCAACCAGUACCAAUCAGUACCCCAGAGGAUGAACUUCCCUGGCAGCAUGCCGAGUGGAUCCAUGCGUCAGCGAAUCACCAUGAGCCGGACUGGUAGUGACAGCCGCGCUCCCAUGUCACCCAAGACCCCUGCCAUGGCCGGUCUCCACCUCGGCACUCCAGACUCUGGUAACUUCACUCAGCCAAUCAUGACCAACAUGCAUCGUCACCAGAAGAGCGUAUCUAGCCAGUGGGAUGGCACUCCUGGGAGUGCGCAUUCAUGGAUCGACUCACCAACGGCAUCGCCCCACACUGGUGGUCUGCACCACCAGCAGAUCACCGAUGUCUUGCACUCGGGCAAGCACAACUCACUCCCCGCCAAGGUCGACAUUGGCCAGAACGCGGACGCAAAGAAGCGCCGACGUCGGGAGUCUCACAACUUGGUCGAGCGUCGACGACGCGACAAUAUCAAUGAGCGUAUUCACGACUUGUCCAGACUCGUACCCCAGCACCGUCUCGAGGACGAGAAGAUCCGCAAGCACAUCAACAACAAUGGACCCCUGUCACCUACUAUGGGAGCCAGCGGUAUGUCGCCUCCACAAGCAACGUCACUUCUUGCUGGUGGCCAAGGAAGGCGGGCUGCUGGCAACAUUACACAAGGACUGCCAAUCGAGGAGAAGGACAAGGGACCAAACAAAGGAGACAUUCUCAACGGCGCUGUUAGCUGGACUCGCGACCUCAUGUGGAUGCUGUCCAAGAAGAUACAGGAGUGUGACGAGCUAGCCGCACGACUCCAACAAGCCACUGGCGAAGAGUGGGUCACUGAGCAGACGGAAGACGAGAAGCGCAUGAAGACGGAAAUCCUCGAAGCUCUUGAGAAGAAUGGCUCUGGUACCUUCCGAUACUCGCGAGGGCCAGGUUCCGGACUCCGAGUACCCAAGCACACCAACUUGGCCGGUGAGCCCCUUAGCGGCGUAUCUCCACAAAGCCUGAGUCCAGGCAUGCAGAGCACCGGUAGCGGUUCUGGAUCCAACCAGCCACAGUACUGGACCAGCCUAAAAGAAGAGGAUGAAUACGGCAUGGACAUGGGCUGA